CCAAAACACAAUAACUUGAAAACAAAUCUUAAAAUCCGAAAAAAUAUGUUAUUUUCCAACAGUAAAGAACUAUGGAGCCAUCUCUUUAUACUCAGCUUAGCAGCGUUAAGCGUCAGGAAAGUGGCAGAGUGCAUUGUGGCAUUUCCUAGAGGCGGUUCACAGGGUUACUUGGCUGCUGUGGCCAUGCCACUCGAUUUACCGCAGAAAAAUGUUUUUAUGGCUUUCAAUUUUGAAUCCAACUAUGGACUGCCACCAAAUGAUUCAUAUUACUACUGGAUCGACAGGUGGAACUUGGACAAAGAGGAUGUUGGCAUCGGCAAUGAUGUGACGCCAAUUAAUAAUCGCCGUCGCCGUCGUAGCGUCGCACAGAUGUACACACGCAACGCAUUCUAUCGCAGCAUUGUUGGUUAUCUGGAUUAUUAUGAAAUGAAUGGGACAGGCUGUCUGUUGAGGACAAUUUGCGAUGUGUCCGCUUCCAAUUUGGAUGAGCAUAAUGGACUGCUCGGCAGCAUUUUCAAAAUACUAUUCAUGCCAACGACCUCGGCGCUUGAGCAUGAGCAUGCUCUACAAAAUGUUGACAUUUACGCUGCGGAGUCGCAUGGACACAGUGGUGAUUGCGAGCGUUAUGCGCGCUGGUGUCCCCAUGGAAUACUGGAAAUGAUAUCCGAUUGGUUUUAGCUGAGAUUGCGCAAGGGAAGUGUACGUGGAGAAUUAACAUAAAUACAAGUGUCAUUAAUUGUUUAAAAUGUGUACUUUUAAAGAACGCAUACAUAUAUACAUACAGACAUUUGAUAAUUUUUUUUAUUCACCUUUAACCAAAGAAGAAUAAGGAAACAAGUAAUCGGUUGCACGUUUGAAAAAAAUAUCGAUUUUAAAAAUAAAUGU